CACAACACACACACACUCGCAUUUUGUCUGCCCUCACUUCCUCGCCCACCAACGCCAAAAUGGGUGAUCAAUCGCAGGAAGAACAGGAAUUCUACCAGAAAGUCGUUGCAGCCAAGUUCGACUUUGAGAUGCCGGAGAAGAUUGCAAGAGCACGGGCGAAAUUGGAGAAGUUGCGGCAACGACGGAAGGAACUUGACGAGCAUCCAUCUCUCAUAUGGCUCCGGAGCAAACUGGAUAACAGCGACCUUGUGCCACUUGUCAAGCGGGCGAUUGUCAGCCUCAUCCAGUCGAACCAAAGGAGUCUCGAUGCAGUGCGUGCGGAGAAAGAGCAUGAAGUCGAUGCAGUGCGAGCGGCGAAACAGCAGGAGGUCGAUGCAGUACAAGCUAAGCUUGAUGAGCUGGGCGAACCGACGUCGCCGUUCCCAUCUCUACUCGACGAGCUAACUGAGUUAAGACUCGACGCACUGCGGCAUGCCAGCCUGAAGCUUAGGGGUCAAUGGAAAUGGUGGAUUGCGCUCAAGUACAGACAUGUAGAGGUGAGAUACGAGGGAAAAGAUGGGAAAGGAGACGUACGUGGGAAGUGCGCGGGCCUUUUCGAUCAGAAGGAAAUAUUCUCUUCGGAUAAUGCAAAGCCGAAGCAGAUGCAGGAGGAUAAUAAGGGACUGCAUUCGGAGAACGUGUCUUUGAAGCAAGAAGUUGAGAGGCUCUCUUCGGAUAGUGCAAAGCCGAAGCAGAUGCAGGAGAAGAAGAGCAAAGGACUGCAGAAGUGGCGUCUACCAGAGUUUCAUUGUGGUGCAGUGGAUGGUCGGCUUGGCCAGUAUUUGGUAUAG